ACACACAUGUUCCUGCGGAGUUUACGACGAUCAUGGCGGCUAUUGUACGUCAUCUUAGUGCCACUGUUACUGUUGCCCAUUCCAUUCAGCCUGGGAGGAAAGGCCGGGUGGUGUGCCUACAUUCUUCUCUGGAUGGCGUUUUAUUGGACGGCUGAGGCUAUCCCACUUCCUGUGACGUCAUUCAUGCCAGUAAUCCUGUUCCCACUCUUUGGAAUUCUUUCGUCCGCGAAGGUGUCUACAUUUUACCUGAAUGAGAUCGGUAUCUUAAUAGUGUGUUCGCUAACAAUGGCGGCCGCAGUUGAAUCAAGUAAUUUGCACAGAAGAAUCGCAUUGAAAUCGCUUCUAGCCAUCGGUACUAGCAAUCUCAGGCUCUUACUCGGCUUUAUGUUGGUGACAAUGUUCCUGUCCAUGUGGAUCCCGAACACAGCGUCAACGUCAAUAAUGGCGCCCAUCGUUAUGGCGGUCGUCGACCAGAUGCACGCCAGUUCGAAGCUUUACAAGAAUCAUCCAGAACCAGAAAUGACUCCUUGCACUCGGCACCAGCUUCGCCUGCGACGUCAUUCGGAUCGAAGUCGAGGUCGAGACACCAGGAACAAUAACGAUACUAGCGAAGAUGCCGGGAAGGUUCUGAUGCGAAAGACGAUGUUGCUCUCAGUGGCAUACGCCGCCAACAUCGGUGGAACCGGGUCACUGAUUGGAACAGCCCCCAAUCUUGUGCUCAAGGGACUCUUUGAAGAGUUAUUUCCAAUGUCAACGGAGCUGACAUUUGCAACGUGGAUGCUGUACAAUGUACCGACCAUGAUUUUGUGUGUUCUACUGGCAUGGAUUUAUCUACAGUGGACCGCGAGGAGCGCUCUCCGGGACAAGUCUGCUGACGCAUUGGAAGAACGAAUUAGGGAAGAGAUUUUAAGGAGAUACAAAGAGCUUGGAUCCUUCAGUUUUCCUGAAACCGCAGUUUUGACCUUGAUGAUUACGAUGAUUAUCCUGUGGUUCACACUAAAACCACAAAUAUUCACCGGCUGGGUGGAGCUUUUCCCAUACGCAAAGAUGAUUAAACCAACGGUUCCCGCCAUGGCCAUUACCUUCUUACUCUUCAUAAUACCAAAGAACCCCAGAAGUCCCUCAACCAGUCCUCCUCUUUUGACCUGGGAAGAGGCCAACGAAAAGGCGCAGUGGGGGAUCGCCAUUCUCAUCGGCGGAGGCAUGUGCCUCGCCGAGGCAUCUAAGGAAUCCGGGCUGUCGUCAAUAUUGGUUGAAAACCUCAAGUCCCUGGAAGUGCUCCCGACAGCCCUGACGGCAUUAAUCCUGUGCUUUGCUGCUUCCAUGUUCACCGAGAUCACAAGCAACACGGCAGUCAGCUCCAUUCUUCUUCCCGUCGUCUGUGAAAUGGCUGUGGCACUCCAAGUUCACCCCCUGUACCUGGCUCUGCCGGUGACCAUCGGUUGCUCCUUCUCCUUUAUGCUUCCGGCCGCAACCCCACCAAACGCUAUCGUCUUCGGCUUGGCCAAAUUAAAAAUAUUAGACAUGGCCAAGCCGGGAUUCAUCAUGAACACAAUAUGCGUCCUCGUGGAAGUGGCCAUGAUCCACGCCCUGGGGUUCCCAAUUUUUGGACUGACGACGUACCCCAGCUGGGCCGAUCACCCCAAGUCCGGCUCUGGAGCCGUCGCCAACAACACAUUGGUGCCUUCUACGGACUCAUCACACUAA